CUCCUAAUGCGAGGAGCGAGUUGUGUCGGCCAUUUUGCGAGAGAAAAAUAGCCUGGACGGUGUGAGGUCCUUUGGUUUUGUUUUAAGUCCGUAUUUUCGUCUUUAAAGAUUUUUAAAGGGCUACCUACUGCUAACGCCAAAAGGCACGGCAGAUAAGCGCCGGUAGAUUUCAUCUCCACACAGUUAUCGUCCUAAUAUCGCAUGUCCACUAUCCAGAACCUCCAAUCUUUCGAUCCCUUUGCUGAUGCAACCAAGGGUGACGACCUGCUCCCGGCCGGGACCGAGGAUUACAUCCACAUAAGGAUCCAGCAGCGGAACGGCCGCAAGACCCUGACCACCGUGCAAGGGAUAGCCAAUGACUACGACAAAAAGAAGCUUGUGAAGGCCUUCAAGAAGAAAUUCGCCUGCAAUGGCACUGUGAUCGAGCACCCGGAGUACGGGGAAGUUAUUCAGCUUCAGGGAGACCAGCGGAAAAAUAUCUGCCAGUUCUUGCUUGAGGUCGGCAUUGUCAAGGAAGAGCAGCUGAAGGUGCACGGGUUCUAAAGUGACACCGGAGCUGCCUACACCUCAGCCCCUGUGAAGCUCUCCAAACAGUGAACAAAGUUUAGCAACAUGUCUGACAGGAUACAUACGAUGCAUAUAAUUUUAGUCAGAUCGUUUAAUUUGAAUUAAACUAUGGCAAAAGUGUGGAUGUUUCUUUUUGGGAAUUUUUAAAUGAAUAAAACAAACCUGAAUGAUAGGCAA